UCAGAAUUCAGAAGUUAAUAGAGAAAGGGUCAAAGCAGAGCACGCAUUAACCAGUCAGAUCAGAAUUCCAUGGCGUCUACUUCUUUACCCUGUAAUUGGGUGUCACAGCGUCCUUGCAAUUGCUACUUCAUAUCUUUAUCCAACAAGACAGCUCCCUAUGCCUUGAAACCCUACCCUAACCCUAACCAUAAACAUAAUUUGCUCUCUGCUUCAAUUUCUUUGGGUACUAAGAAAUGCAGAAAACAACAGGUCCUCUGCAGCAGCAACUCAUACCAAGCAGAAGAACAACAAGAACAGCAACCUCCUUUAUUUUUUUGGAAUCAAGAAUUAACUGGAAGAAGAGAACUUUUUUCGAACGUUAUAUUUACUGGGUUUAGUUUUCCGGCAAUCGUUUCAAAUGCAUUGGCAGAUAUCGAUGAGUUCCGCCUUUAUAGUGAUGAUGCCAACAAGUUCCAGAUAUCGAUUCCCCAAGACUGGCGAGUAGGUGCAGGACAACCUAGUGGGUUUAAAUCAGUGACCGCUUUCUACCCAGAUGAAGAUUCAAAUUCGAAUGUGAGUGUGGCGAUAACGGGGAUUGGUCCGGACUUUACAAGAAUGGAAUCGUUUGGCAAAGUGGAAGAAUUUGCAGAAACUCUGGUCAGUGGAUUGGACAGGAGCUGGCAAAGGCCGCCUGGCGUUACUGCAAAACUCAUCGACUGCAAAUCUUCUAAAGGCAUUUAUUACAUUGAAUACACACUACAAAAUCCAGGCGAAAGUCGCAGACAUUUAUUUUCAGCCCUUGGAAUGGCAUCCAAUGGUUGGUAUAACAGACUAUAUACAGUGACAGGGCAGUUUGUGGAUGAAGAAUCAGAGAAAUAUGGUACCAAGGUGCAAAAGGUUGUUUCGUCCUUCAGGUUCAUUUGAAAAAAAUGAAUGGCCGUAAAGUAAACAAGGGCAGAAUGUGCCGGUACAGGUUACAUUGAUCAUUCUUUCGUUUUAGUUUUUCUUUAUCCACUAUGAUGGUUGGGCAGUGGUGUAUAAUUCUGAAACCAUUGAGCUAGCUACUGCCUGGCCAAUACAGUUCAUGUAUGUAUUGAAUACUCCAUAGUUGUCUAAAAAUACAAAAUGUUCUUCCUUUGCAAAUUGUAUUGGAUCAAAA